AUGGCGGGCGACGAUUCAGGCGGGGGCGGGACGGUCGUCUACAGGACGCAGUCAUCACACGGGCGCUCCAACUCUGCCGGCCGUGAUGCGGGUCGACGACAGUACGGAUCUCAACCCGAGAACGUCCCGCCGCCCGUUCCCUCCUACAAUACCGGCCCUCCCAUCGACUUUACCAGCGCACCUGUCUCGCCCGAUGUCGCACAGUACGUUAACACUCCGCCUGACAUCGCUCCUCCGCGCGACUUCGACCCGAACGACAGCCGGUCUCGCUACGCCAGCAAUUACUCGCCUAACUACAUGACGCCUGAUCAGCAAAGGCGCCACGAGACGCAGUAUAUUCCGACCAACCCUCGGAUGACUCGUCAGCGGAGUAUCUCUGGCGGUCCACCGGCUCACGAACGCAAGACGAGUCUCAUCCCGAUCGCGCCUGUGCCGCCUCGCCAGGCGACAGGCGGGCUGGGCGUCUCUUACGGCGACCAGUACCGGUCGGAGAAGGCGAGCACGGUCGACCUGGUCGAGCGGGACGACAGCUUUGAACGGCGAAGCACUUCGGUCAAGAAGGGCGGGGCGACGGUGUCGAAGGGCGAGAUCUCGGACCUCCAGCAAGCCGUGCGAGAAGCGAACGGCUCGAUCCAAGCGAUUGGCGACCUACACUCUCGCAUGCUCUCCAUGCCAUCGUCCGAGGACGCCAUGGCGAUCGAGCUCAAGUCUCAACUCGACUCGACAACCGCCACGACCCGCGCGCUCUUCACCUCGCUCAAGAACCGCUUGCAAGUCCUGCAGCAGGGAAACGCCAACCUCCGCGCGAUGAUCCCGCUCGGCCAGUCGCUGUACAACCUCUCGCUGCAGGACAUCGAUGUGCGCGAACAGCAGGUUGGCGCACUGAAGGAACGGUUCAAGGAUGCGAUCCAGCGCUACACGGAGGAGGAGAAGCAAAAUCGCGCGAAGCAGCGGGCCAGGCUCGAGCGGCAGGUCAAGGUCGUCAACCCGAACCUCGAUCCGGCAGAACUGCAGGAGAUUGUCAAGAAGGCGGAGGAGGGUGACGGCGCGAUGUUCACGCAGGCUCUGCAGACGAACAAUUAUCGGUCGCAUGCGGCGAGAGGAGCGCUGCGGGAGGUGCAGAACCGCGCGGCAGAGUUGGCUCGUAUCGAGCAGACGAUCAUCGAGCUCGCACAGCUCUUCCAGGAUAUGGCGGUCAUGGUCGAGGCGCAAGACGUUGCCAUCGUGAAGAUCGAGCAGAACGCCGUCCUCGCCGAGACAGACAUGGAGAACGGCCUCGAGAACGUGCAGAAGGCGGUUGUGCAUGCGCGCAACUACCGCAAGUACCGUUGGUGGUGCUUCGGGUUCAUCGUCGUGAUCAUCAUCAUCGUGCUUGUCGUCCUCUGCGUCGAGCUCAUCCCGCCAGCGAUCCGAGCCGCCCAGAACGAUCGCAACGCUCGCCAGUCUCGAAGCAGCGCAUCUGCCGCCCGAGCUGCAGCCACAUCACCCGCCGUCCAGUCUCUCAUCGCGUCGUCUUCCGUUGCGCCGAGUACUGCAUCCACCACAGCCGCGCCAGUCUCGACGAGCGCCGCAUCGGGUUCGUCCAGCUUCAUGGCGUCGGCGGCGGCGCCAUCCUCAUCAAAUCCAGCAUCCGCCUCAGCUACAGCGUCGUCCACAAGCUUGUCUUGA